GUAUGACGUCACCACGUCGCACGGCGUUGAACGGGCGCCAUGACGUCACGGACGGCGGCGGCGGCUUCAUCCCCGGUAUGGGGGAGAACAAGCAGGUGCCGCGCGUGCUCAGCGGAGGCUUCUUCGGCUACGUGGAUGACGCGUUCUCUCAGCGGACUCCGGAGCUGCCCUGUGAGAGGGGCGAGACGAGAGCCAUCGGACGCUCCCAGCAGACGCGGAACGAGCGGCGGCCGGCGCCGGACGCAGAUCGAUCCGGGCGAGGGGAGUCGACCGGCGACCGAGACCCGGCGGUGACCGACACUCCCAGCUCGAGGACAGGCCCGCACACCCAGGGCAGCACCAUGUUCAAGUCGGACACGCAGGUGACGGAGGUGAUCGAAGUGAAGCAGGUCCAGAUCCUGGACGCCGAGCCCUGGAAGGACGAAGGAGACAGCGCCCAGAACCGACUACUCAUCAAGGGAGGACAGGUGGUGAAUGAGGACCAGGUCAUUCACGCUGAUGUCUACAUUGAGGAGGGCAUUAUCAAGCAGGUGGGACUGAACCUCAUCACACCCGGCGGAGCUCGCAUCAUCGAAGCCAAGGGCAAAUAUGUCAUUCCAGGCGGUGUGGACACGCAGACGCACUUCCAGCAGCCGGUGGCCGGCACCGUGUCCUGUGACGACUUCUACACGGGCACGCGCGCCGCGCUGGCCGGCGGCACCACCACCGUGCUCGACGUGGUGAUGCCCGAGCGAGGCGAGUCGCUGGUGGACGCGCACGACAAGUGGGCCGGCUGGGCCGAGCAGAAGGCCUGCUGCGACUACGGCCUGCAUGUCGGCGUCACUUGGUGGUCCGAAAAGGUGAAGCUGGAGAUGGCCGAGCUGGUCAGCGAGCACGGCGUCAACUCGUUCAAGAUGUUCAUGGCCUUCAAGGACCAGUACCAGCUGUCCGACGCAGAGCUGCUGAAGGCCUUCAACCACUGCAAGCAGCUGGGUGCCGUGGCGCAGGUGCACGCCGAGAACGGAGACGCCAUCAAGGAGAUGACGCAGCGUCUGCUGGCAGUCGGCGUCACCGGACCGGAGGGCCACGAGCUCUCGCGGCCCGAGGAGGUCGAGGCGGAGGCCACCCAGCGCGCCUGUCUGCUGGCCCACCAGGUGGGCUGUCCGCUGCACAUCGCGCCGGUCAUGUCGCGCUCGGCGGCAGAGGUAGUGGCCGCCCACCGGCGGCGCGGUCAGUUGGUCAGCGGCGAGGCCACGGCCGCCGCGCUGGCCACCGACGGCACGCACCAGUGGAACCGGUGCUGGCGGCACGCGGCCGCCCACGUCACCUGUCCGCCGCUGCGGCCCGACCCGGCCACACCCCAACACCUCGCCGGCAUGCUGGCCAAUAACGACCUGCAGUGCGCCAGCAGCAACCACUGCUCGUUCACGGUGCAGCAGAAGGAGGCGGGCCAGGACGACUUCACCAAGAUCCCGCAGGGCGUCAACGGGGUCGAGGACCGCAUGGCCGUUCUUUGGGAGAAGGGGGUCGCCUCCGGCAAGAUGGACCUCUGCCAGUUCGUGGCUGCCACCAGCACCAACGCGGCCAAACUGUUCAACAUCUACCCGCAGAAGGGUGUGAUCGCGGUCGGUUCGGACGCCGACAUUGUCAUCUGGGACCCGACCGUGGUGCAGCGGCUCUCGGCCAAGACCCACCAGCAGCGCUGUGACUUCAGCGUGUUCGAGGGCCUGCAGUGCCGCGGCGCGCCGGCCUGGGUGCUCUCCCGCGGCCGGCUGUGUUUGGAGGAGGGCCAGCUGCGGGUGGUGCAGGGCGCCGGCCGCCGGCUCAGCCGCGCCGCCUUCCCGCCGUUCCUGUACCGGCGCGUGCAGCAGCGCGACCUGGCCGGCCUGCCGGCGCCCGUCAAUAGAGACGGCGGCGACGAGGCCGACCAGGAGCCGGUGCUGGUGCGUGAGCUGAACGGCGUCAAACGCGUCAGCGAGACGAUGGCGGGCCGGCCGCCGCGCCCGGCGCCGGCGCCGCCCUCGGACGAGUUCCACAACCGCAGCGAGCCGGCAGAGGGCGUGCGCAACCAGCAAAACUCGGGAUUCGCCGUCUCAGGUGCCCAGAUCGACGACAAGACUCCCAAACGAACCGGGGUUAAGGUCCACGCCCCGCCCGGCGGAAAGUCGGCGGGCAGCUUCUGGUAACCAUGGCAACCGAACGUCUAACGCCGGCCGGCGCCCGCUGAAGGUGAAAGGCUGCGUGUGCGCCUGCCUAACCCGGCAAUGGCUAACCGAUUGGGGUUGAGCUCCAGAGCUGGUGGGAGGAUUCCGACACUGCCGACUCACAGUGGACUACGCUUUCUAACGCCCGCCCUUCCCGCUGGUAGUCGGACUGAUCCUCGCUUCUCGCUGCUGCCAAAACGCGACGCUGGUGGCUGCUAACAAACCGCAACCCUCGUUUCCCUGGCGUGCUACUGAAGCGUCGUCCCUGCUUUCCUCUCGAUCUGAUACCGUUUCGGUGGUGUGUAGGUGCUCCUCCCGGCCGGCCGAGGUUUCUGGACGACCGCUCGGAGGUCUGGCUGGCGCUGGUUCUCAGCUGAAUGUCGUCCGCCGCCGGUCACUGAGAGCCCCGGCUGACCGUCGCGCCCGCCUGUGUCUGCAGACUGGCUGUCCGACCUGUGCGUGCCCGCCGGCCUGCUGCUGCCGCCGGGCGCCGGACUGCGGCGGCCCCCGGUCCGACCCGCCCGCUCCCCCGCCCGACAGCGGCCCCGCUGACAGCGCUACCCCAGUCAGCGUACCUUCGUUCUCAGUGCUGAUUUGGUUGUAUUCUGAGUGCUGAACAGGGGGGAGGGGUACCGUAUGCAUCUAAACUAGCAGCAAUGUUACUUGUGAAGACAGAAGAUGAUGGUUUGAAUCCAGUGAUUGGAGUGAAUCCGACCCCAUUGACAAACGAAUUGUGAUGGUUGCGAUCUGAUCUGAAACCUGUCCGUUCGGUCAGCUCUGUCCCUCAGAUGCUAUGAUGGCCAGGUGUGCCCACAGGAUGGAAAGGUUGCGGGAAGUGCGUGCGUUUGGUACGUUUGAUAAGGAGAUGUUUCCCCGCGUUAGCUAAGCGCAGCUUCUGUGCGCUCGGGCAUUGUUGAUGGAGUCAGUUCUGUUUUGUUUCUCCUGUGCAGCUGAAUCUCUCCGUGUAGCGCUGUGGCAGCUUUGAAGCGAGUGUGGUGUCUGCUCUUUCCGCUGCCGAGAGGCGAACUUUCAGCAGGCCAGCUCGGCAGCUGUGGCGGUGUUCUUGAUGGCUAGCUUCCGUCUGUGUGCGUGUCGUCUGUUCGCUCGUACGAAUACAAUGAUUUGUUUUCCUGUG